GCGUGGUGAAAUGACGUUACCGCAGCCACGUAAGCGAAGAACCAGGAAGUGUCGAGCACCGAAAGACAGCAAAAAAUGGCUCAGUUUGAAGAAGUAUCCCAAAAGUCCAAGCUGCAUCCGAAGCCAGAAGGACUGACGCUGCAGUACGGCACAGCAGGAUUUCGCACGCAAGCCAAACACCUGGACCACAUCAUGUUUCGCAUGGGCCUACUGGCCACCCUGAGGUCCAAAAAAACCAAAUCCACUAUUGGAGUCAUGGUCACUGCCUCCCAUAACCCAGAGGAGGAUAAUGGGGUAAAGCUCAUUGACCCUAUGGGAGAGAUGGUAGCAGCAUCGUGGGAGGACUACGCCACACAGUUAGCUAACGCAGAGCAAGACUCUCUUCUCACAGCACUGAGAGAUGUUAUCGAAAAGGAGGCCAUCGAUAUGAGCCAGUCAGCCAGCGUCUACAUCGGCAAAGACACCAGGCCAAGCAGUGGUAGUCUGUCUCAGGCUGUUGUGGAUGGUGUUUCAUGUUUGGGAGGCAAAAUUCAUGACUAUGGUCUGGUCACCACUCCUCAGCUUCAUUAUAUGGUGUGCUGUUGCAACACACAUGGUUGUUAUGGCAGUGCCACUGUAGAAGGCUACUAUCAGAAACUCUCACAUGCUUUCCUUCAACUCACUCAGAACGCCCUGAAUCGUACUGAUGACCAGAAAAGGCUGGUGGUGGAUGGAGCCAAUGGCAUUGGAGCAUUGAAAAUGAGAGAAAUGGAGCCAUUUCUUCGCUCCGAACUGCAGGUGGUGCUUUCAAAUGACGGCAGUAGUGGAAAACUCAAUCACCUGUGUGGAGCCGAUCAUGUCAAAGUCCAGCAGAAACCCCCCGAAGGUUUAACUAUGGGAGUCGGUGAGCGCUGUUGUUCGUUUGACGGUGACGCUGAUCGAAUUGUUUACUAUUACACCGAUUCUGAUGGACGCUUCCAGCUGCUGGACGGAGACAAGAUUGCCACCCUUAUCAGCACGUAUCUCAAAGAGCUGCUCACACAGGCAGGGUUGGACCUCCAGAUUGCUGUUGUUCAGACGGCCUAUGCCAACGGAAGCUCCACUCGCUAUUUGGAGGAUGUAAUGAAGGUCACUGUAUGCUGUACGAAAACGGGCGUAAAGCAUCUACAUCACGCUGCGCAGCAGUACGACAUCGGGGUUUAUUUUGAGGCCAAUGGACAUGGAACUGUUUUAUUCAGCAAAGCAGCACAGAAUCAAAUUCUGGAGCUCGUAAAAGAUCCAAACGCAAACGAUGAGAGAAAACGAGCGGUUAAACUCCUGGAGAAUACAGUUAACCUGAUUAACCAGACCGUAGGUGAUGCUAUCUCAGAUAUGCUGCUGAUCGAAGCUGUGUUGGCCAUCAGAGGGAUGUCUGUUCAAGACUGGGGUGCAAUUUACACCGACCUGCCAAACCGCCAGCUUAAAGUUAAGGUGUUGGAUAGGCGUGUCAUAGAUACAACAGACGCAGAGAGGAGAGCCGUAACACCGGAGGGUCUGCAAGAUGCCAUUGACUCACUCGUGAAGAAGUACAAACAGGCUCGGGCUUUCGUUCGACCCUCGGGAACAGAAGAUGUAGUCAGGGUCUAUGCGGAAGCAGACACACAGGAAAGUGCUGAUAGUCUGGCUCAUGAGGUCAGCCUGGCUGUGUAUCGCCUUGCCGGUGGAGUGGGUGAUGAGCCUAAACCUCUAAAUUAAGACAUUGAAUCAUAGACAUAGUCUGAAAAAAUGUCAAUAUUAUGAAUACUGUAUAUUUACAGUAAAUUACAGGUUCUGUGGCUAAAAUAUUUGUUUGGAAAUGCCUUAUUUAACAGUUUACAUUUGAAUGCAUGAAUGAAUGUAUGAAUGACCAUGAAAGUGUAUGGCUGUAUCCAAACUUUUAAACCAUGAUAUGUGAGAUGUAGCUGAUCUCAAGCCUUUAAACUUUAGAGACUACAAUCCUACUAUGAGUGCUAAUCUUUGUCAAAUCUAAAAUCUACAUGAAGCAUCUUUGUCCAAUACAAGCCUGUUUAAUACUGUAUGCAUGAGAUUCAGAUUUAUGAUUCAAGAUUUUUUGUUAUAUGUACCUAGGCACAUAAUUACUUUUAUUUACAUAGGGUGGAAGGGCAACCAAAAUUAAAUUAAUAAAAAAGUACAUAUAAAUGAAGUUGAAGAAAGAAAUUGCAAAAUAUAGUAAGAAUUAAAAAUGAAAGUUUGCAAUAAAUAAAAAUUAGAAAUACUAGGAAAACUAGACUAGGUCUACUUAUGGAAAACUGGAUUGGAUGUGGUAUGAAAUGAAGAUUGUUUUUGUUAGUUUUAACUGUGAUGUUUUAGAUAUAUUUGCACUAAAGGGUUCUUUAUAAACAAUUAUAAUAAAGUUUACAUAACAUCAUUGUUUCUUUUGGUUUGAUGAUACUUUCCAAUACAAAAACAGUUUUAAAUGUCAAUUUAACAUUGUUAAACCAUAGCUCUGUUAACCAUUUCCUGCACUCUAACCUUGUUGUAAAACAAAUACAAGUGGAAAGUAUUUUAAGAGUACGUUUAAAAGAUUGCUUUUUCAUGAUUGAUUUAUAAAUGUGUAUUGCGAGUUGCUCAAUUUGAUUGUACUCCGUUUAUGAUCUGUUUUGCUAUUUUUAAAUGAAGAGGACCACAAUGGA